CUGAAAUUGAAAAGAAAGAAGCCGGGAGGGGAAAUAGGUGUGUACGUUAUUUUUGACCAAUCAAAUCAUAUCAACAGACAUCAUGAGUGCCGCACCAGGAACAGAGGAAGAAGAUGGCUUUGUCGUCAGAGCGAGAGGACUUCCCUGGUCCAGCACAGAAGAGGACAUCUCAACAUUUUUCGGAGAAAGCAACAUCUUGAAUGGCAAAGAUGGGAUUCACUUCACAUUCACACCAGCCGGCCGUCCCAGCGGGGAAUGCUUCAUAGAGUUUGAGACGGAAGAGGACAUGGAGAAUGCAAUGACCAAACACAAGAAGGACAUGGGACAACGCUACGUUGAAGUGUUCCGAUCUAAGAUUGGUGAAAUGGAGUGGGUAACCAGGCGUAGCGGCGCAGCAUCCUUUAAGGACAACGAAGGAUGCAUAAGGAUGCGUGGCAUACCCUAUGAAUGCUCCAAAGAAGAAAUUAUGCAGUUCUUCCAAGGGUUGGAGAUAGUGGCGAACGGUGUAACCCUGCCAAAAGACCACGAGGGGAAGUGCACCGGGGAUGCCUUUGUGCAAUUUGCAACCAAGGAUCUGGCAGAGCAGGCUUUGGGAAAGCACAUGCAAAAAUUGGGUCACAGAUAUGUAGAGAUCUUCCGCAGUAACGUGGAGGAGGUACGACGUGCGUCAAAUGCUGCCAAGCGAUCCUUCCCUAGACCUGGUCCAUACGAUCGCUUCGGAGGAGGAGGAGGAGGAGGAGGAAUGGGCAACAUGAGGGGCGGAAGGGGACUUGGGAGCUCUGGCUUUGAACGUCGCUACAGAUUCGAUGGCGGCUACGGAGGUGGAGGUUACGAAGACAACAUGUAUGGGAUGGAUAGCUACGGAGGCUUUGGAGGCAUGGGAGGUAUGGGAGGGGGGAUGAUGAACAGACGGGGACGAGGCAUGAGGGGCGGGAUGAUGCAGUCAAGAGGACGAGGCAGUGGAGGAGGUGGAUAUGGAAUGAGAAGCAGUGGCAGUGGAUUUGGUGGAAGCAGCAGCAGUGGGGGUGGCGGGAGUUACGGAGGUGGCUUCGGGGGUCCCGGGGGUGACAGCAUGUCCCCAGGAUUCGUCAGCAGCACAGGGCACUCUGUGCAUAUGAGAGGUCUGCCGUACAGCGCUACCGAGGAACACAUCAUGGAGUGGUUUGAAAAGAAGGCUGUCCCAUGUCGGGUCGUCAUCAAGUUCAACAACAAAGGUCAGCCGUCCGGCGAGGCCGACGUGGACUUCACAAGUCACCGGGAUGCAACGGCCGCCAUGGGCAAGGACAAGGAGCAUAUGAUCCAUCGCUACAUCGAGCUUUUCUUGAACUCCGAGGAGGAUGGCGACAAUGGGGAUGGGGGCGGAUACGGAGACGUCCCAAGUAUGGGAGGCAUGGGGGGUGGUGCAGGAAACUAUGGAGGUCAGAGUAGUCAGGUGGGAAGUCAAGGCUUUGGUAGCCAAGGCAACGGCUUCGGCAAUCAGGGAGGUGGGAUGCGAUCGGGCGGCGGAUACACCAGCUUCGAGAACCAGGGAUCAGGAUACCAAGGAAGCCACGGAGGCGGCAGCAGCGGUGGGUUCUACUCGGGCGGGUCCAGUGGUGGCGGCUUCAGCCAGGGAUUCUAAGAACUCUUUAAGAACUGUCGGAUCAACAAGGAAAUUUAACCCCAAGAGAUGCAUCUUCUUCUUUUUGUAUUUCCACAUGUCUGCGGGAAGUUGUUUUGUAUUUUUUAAUUGGUAGGAAUUUAAGUAAAUUCCAUGUACAUUGUGUCACAUUUUGCAGUUGGAAAGUGACUGAUUUUUGGGGAAUAUUCUUCUUGACCCAAGACUGCAAGGCAGUGAAACUGAAAAGCAAAGCUUUUUGGCAAGAUUGUCUAGUUUUGAAGAAUUGACGACCCGUUAAAGGUAGGGUCAUACUUUGGUAAUGACCCGGUGUAAUUUUGGUAAUGAGCCGGGGUAAUUUUGGUAAUGAGCCGGGGUAAUUUUGGUUUUCUUUCUAAAUGCUUACUCUUCCAUAAAGACUAGGUUUGUAUUGCAUUGUGCGAAAUUAUUUUAUUUGAAACGCCCCUGUUGAUUAGAAAUUGAUUAAAAGCUGAAACUUUCACAGGUGACUUAAAUUGUAUCUUUUCUGACAAUUUGGCCUUUAAAUCAGCAAUACGUUCGUCGUUAACAAAAUCAGCAAUACGUUCGUCGUUAACAAAAAACAAUCUAUGACCCUACCUUUAAGACUAAGUAUAUGUAGUGUGGAACUGAACUACUCCUCUGUUACUAAACUUUACCCCAACACUUGCCCCUCCCCCCUCCCUCCCUGUUCAAGUUUUUUUUUGUUGUCUGUUGUUAUAUACAUCAUAACGUAGUUGAAUGUUUUUUGUUUGAUUUUAAUCAUGUGCAUGGUGUAAUAAUUGGAACUGUAAAGAAAUAACACGACUUUAUCAUUGGACAGAUUAUAACCUGUAGCUUCCAGUGUUAAAAGUAAGUCAUAAAGUGUAGCACAAAAUACCAGAACUUUGUGGGAUAAACCCUUAGAUCAGGCAUGACAUUUCCCCCGCUGUAAAUAAUCAUCAAUGGGACUUAAAAAGUAUAGGGCGUGUUUUGGUGCGGCUUACUUUUUAUCUGACGUCCUUUUUCUCGGCCUUUACCUAGGGAAACAUUGGAUGUGGAUCGUGUUUUGAAUAUGUUCACUAUAUUUCAAUAGCAGUAAACUGUUGACUGUAGGAAUCUUUUAAAACUUUGUUGACAUGUUUUAAGAAGUAGUCAAGUGUGUAUAUGAAAGCAAAGAAAUAGUUUUACACAUGUUACUUUUACACCAACUGUUGUCAUUUAGUGUUUGUAACAAGUUUUUCAUUUCUGUUGAAGAAUAAAUAGUCUGGAAAUCGA